AUGAUAAUAUACAUUGUUUUUAUUUUAAGUAUUCUUUUUGUAAUUAGUUUUGUAGGGGUUUCUUCAAAGCCCUCACCUAUUUAUGGGGGUUUAGGGUUGAUUGUGGGUGGUGGUGCUGGAUGUGGAAUUGUUUUAAAUUUUGGUGGUUCGUUUUUAGGUUUAAUGGUAUUCUUGGUUUAUUUGGGGGGAAUAUUAGUUGUAUUUGGUUAUACGACAGCUAUGGCUACUGAACAGUAUCCCGAGGUUUGGGUUUCUAACAAGGUUGUACUGGGAGCAUUUAUUUUAGGGUUAGUAGUAGAGCUUUUAGUUGUAGUUUACGUUUUAAAGAGUGGGGAGGCGAAGAUUGUAUUUGAGUUUGGUGGGCUGGGGGAUUGGGUUGUUUGUGAUGUAGGGGGUUCUGGGGUUUUUAGUGAGGAAGUCACAGGGAUUGCGGCAUUGUACAGUUAUGGAACUUGAUUAGUGGUUGUUACAGGUUGGUCCUUAUUUAUUAGUGUUGUAAUUAUUAUAGAGAUUACUCGGGGUAAUUAA